UAAAAGCAGGAGUGUAUGAAGUGUAUGAACACUCCUGAUAAAAGUAUAUAAUAGCAAAGAGAAUACCUUGUGUGCCGUGCAAACCGUAUGAGAGUGAAUCAUACACUAUGGCAUCUAAGCCCGACUCAGACUGUGUUAUAGAAAUGAAGGUGCCUCCUAUUCAAGGUACAGGUGCAGAAACAAGCAGUGAUGAGGAAGAUCAGGCAUAUGAUCACAGAACUCAAAAGCAAAAACACGAAGAUGUGACUUUAAAAAGACCUUCAAAAAGUAAGAUGUCCACCAAGCCGACAACCAUCAAACAGCAGCCUACCAAAAAGCCAGCCAUGCCAGAAGAAUAUCCUAAAAAACGAAAGUUGGCAGAAAAAACCGCCAAAUCCAUACCACUUGUCACACAUAAUCAAAAAAGCAAAUCAUUCGUUGUGAAUAGGGAAGCUAUAGAAGUUUUACGUACUAUUACAAAACCAGUUGCUGUUCUGAGCAUAUGUGGCCCUUAUAGAACCGGAAAGUCAUACUUCUUGUCAAGAGUGUUAAGUGGAGAUGAUUUCGAAGUGAGCCAUUCUAUGGAUCCCUGCACUAGAGGAAUCUGGAUGUCCACAAAUGUAUUAGAAUUCGAUGACCACGUCCUAAUACUACUCGAUACGGAGGGUACAGACGCUGCUCAGGCAAGUGACAGCUCCUCCAGGGAGGAAGUAAUGAGUAUCCUCAUUCUCGUCACCCUACUGAGCUCUUGUUUAAUAUACAAUACCACGGGAGCAAUCAGGGAAACAGAUCUCCAGCAAAUGAGCUGCUUUGCAACACUAUCUCAAUCAGUCUUGAUAAGUGAAUCUCUCCAACACGAUGACUUGCACAAGAGCUAUCUCAAGAAACACUUCCCAAAUUUUAUGUGGCUGAUGAGAGAUUCUAAUCUUGAAUGUAGAGAUGACAAUGGUGAAGAGAUAUCAGCUACUGACUAUGUCCUCCAAAAGAUAUUAGUGACAAAUAAUAAAGGCGAUAAGCCACCAAACGCUAGAGACAGAGCUGUCAGCAGUGUAAGAGUAAUUUUCCCUAAAAUCGAGUCCCUGCAGAUUCCACCACCAGGUCCAGGUAUUACUAAUCCAAAAAAGAUGAAGUUUAUUGACCCAGAUUUUUAUACGAGCAUAGACUCAGCCAAGCGACAUGUAGUCAACAACACACCAUUGAAGCUAGGUUUCAACCAAUCUUCAGUAUUGGACGGACAAAUGCUGGCUUCUUUACUGGAUGAGUACGUCCAAGCUCUUAACACACCGGACACUGCUUUGAAUCUCGAGGUUAGCUAUCAGAAAGCAGUUGAGGUAACAUUAACGCAACUAACAAUUGACCUAACCAAUAAGUACUACAAGCAAAUGAGCGAGCUUGUAGACCAGAAUCUUCCUUUAGAAGAAGGAGAUAUUGAAGUUCUUCAACAAACACAUUCUAAACGACUCGAAGAAAGCAUAAAAGGUCCCUUAAAUACGUGCAAACAUCCAAUUGAAACUGUAAAACCGACGGACACGCUAUUUGAAGUACAUGAAAGAGUUUACACAAAUAUAUUGAGAUAUUUCACGAUUGAGCUACACAGACUGAUUCCAGAAGUAACGGACACAGAUGAAAUAUAUCAAAAGAAUGAGCAAACAAGAAAGAGGCAAUUGCUAGAGAAAUUUGAGCAAUUGAUAAUAAACAUAGAUCAGAGUAAAGUAUUGGGAGGAUACAUAUCUCAUUUCACAAAACCCAAUACAGACAAGUCUGAGAGCACCUGCAAGGAGGUUUUUGAAAAAAUCUAUCAACAGCAAAUACAAACAAGAGCAACAAAACGAGAAAUACUUCAAGAACAGUACUACGAGAAAGCAGUUGGACCAGCCAAAGACAAAGUGUUUCAUGACAUGAUUUCUCAAAUUCCGGGACCUCCACAAAACGUAAUUGUGGACCCAGAAAAUAAAAUGUUAUCUUGGGAGAAACUGUUAGUAAACACUGAUGCUGUCAACUACUACUAUGUUGAAUGGCAAGGAAAAGGAGGUGACACUAAACUAGAAAAGGUUCAUACUAAUCAGUUCAAACUUGAAAUGCUUAGGCCUAAAACACACUACUCUAUGAAAGUACAAGGAUUUAAUGAUCAUAAAAAUAGGCUUGGUGAAUAUAGUACUGAAGUGACAUUUCAGACAAAAGCUGGAAAACCCGAAAAACCAACAAUGCCCCAAAUAAGUCCACAAAAUGAGAAAACAGUCAAACUUAUGGUUACAAUGUUGUCAGAUGCACAACAAAAUGGGAGUCCAGUCAAAAACAUCAUUGUCAGCAGACGUAGUGACAGAAAACCAAAUUGGGAAUCUCAAAAUUUUCCAGUAGAUUCUUCUCAAGGAGAAUUCCAGACUUUGGAGGUUCACGUAAACUGUAACGACAAUGAGGAAAAGUUGUAUUAUCGAGUACAAUUAGAAAACGAAGCUGGAAUAAGUGAACCGAGUGACAGUGCCCAACUGGAUAUAGCCGAUAUGAUACCAGGAAAACCAGAGAACAUAAAAACCAAUACUAUUGCAAGACAAAUUCAAGUGACUUGGGAUCUUCCAAUACAUAACCCAGGAGCAGUGAACAGCUACUUAAUUCAAUAUUGGGAGAAGAGAGAUGAUCAAGAAUUAAAUCAGUCUAAAAAAAUCGCUAGACGUGGUGAGAGAUCUCUGCAACUAACGUCACUAAGCCCAUAUACUGAAUACACCAUCCGAGUCUAUGCUAGAAAUGAGAGGUACAGGACAGCCAGUGGAUACGGUAUUGUACAUGUGCGAACACUAGCCGACAUUCCAGACAAACCACACCCACCAACUAUCAGGGUUACUUCAGCCAGCAAAGCAACCAUAACAUUCUACCGACAAAAGCCUGACGAAGAAAACGGGAGCCCAGUUAACAAGAUAUAUAUUGAGCGACAAAUUAAAAGAGCUGAACAAGCUACGAAAUGGACUGUAGUCAAAGAGCACCCACUAAUAGAUUCAAGUCAGAGUGAUAUAGCAAAUGUAAAUUUGCCUGUAGAAUUAAUCAAUCUCACCGAAUCUUUUAUUAGUUGCUAUCGUGUUGUAACUGUCAAUUCGAUUGGAAGAAGUGAACCAAGUCAACCAAUAGAGGUACACCCUGAAAGCAUGCUUCCUGGAUCACCAGAAGGGCUUAAAGCAGUUACAACAAAAAGUACUUCUAUAACAAUUUCUUGGAAAAAAACAAGAGUUAACCCACUAGCAUCAAAGCAGUACCAGAUACAGCACAAAGAAGCUAAAGGAGCAACAUGGACUUCUAAAAAAGCAAAUGCAGAAACAUAUUCAUGUACUGUGUCUGAACUUCGACCCAACACUAAGUACACAUUCAUUGUACAGGCUCAAAAUGGGAGCCUAAUGUCUGAGGAAGCUACUUUAAAUGUACGCACACCACCCUCUGUACCACUAAAGCCAAGGCCACCAAUUGUGAUACCAAGAGGAAGAGAAUUCAUAUUGAAAGCACAUCUACCCCCAGUUGAAGAGAGUGGGAGAGAAGUUACACAGCUUCAUGUUAAUUAUUACAGCUAUGAUACAGCAGCUACAAAACUAACAGAAGACUAUGAGAUUGAGCAAAAUAAAGAUGAAGCAAUGGUACAGAACAAUACUCAUGAGCAGCAAAUACAAGUCAAUAUCGAUGAGACAUGCUGGAUCAGUAUUUGUCUAAGCAAUGAGGUAGGAAAGAGUCAAGAAAGUGACUUAGUCGGUUUAUCUUCUGGUGAUGUGACUCCUGGUGUCCCGGAUAAACUAGAAUGCACAACAGAGGCUCGAAGUGUCAAGCUAACAUGGAACGUACCAAGACUAAACGGAAAUGCAGCUAAAUACUAUGAGGUGCUCAUUAAAGAUACAGAGGAUCAUAACUGGACAAUACUAGAAAAUGCCAUAGUGAACCAAAAAAGGCUGAAUAAAACUCUGUCUUAUGAAUCCACAGUAAAUAAUCUCAGUCCAUUCUCCACAUAUCAAUUUGGAGUACAAGCUGUGAAUAACACAACUAUAAAUAUCCGUGUUGGAGAUCGUAUUACAUUAGAGACUACAACGAAGAGAGCUCCCCCAGACAAACCUCUUAAACCAAUAGCAGUUGAGCCUAUCAUUGGGAAACCUUUGUUCGCUGAAAUUGGGAUCAAAAUGUUAACAAAAGAACAAAUGAACGGAAGUCCCGUAGACAAAGUGAUUAUUGAAUGUGAGCACAACGAAGAAACAAAAUGUUCAGAAGUUGUAUUAACAGCCGAGCAACAUGUACAAAACACAAAUACGAUGCUAACGAUUGACCUACCUAAUCUACAAGACCCACAAAUCAAAACUUACUGGUUCCGUACUCGAAUGAAAAAUGGUGAAGGAAGGAGCCCUUCAAGUGAUGCAUUCUUGUUACCAGUUUCAAAACUACAACCAGGACCACCAAAGAACAUACAGAUCUCAGACAUCACAGCUCACACAUUACAAGUUAAAUGGGAAGAACCCGAUAUCCAUCCAGCACUUGUUACACACUAUAGCAUUGAAUACACUGCAAUCCAAAGUCACCGACACAGCAUAACCAAACCUAUUAGUGUUGAGAGUGACGUAAAAGAAUGUGCAAUCACUAAUUUGUAUUCUAGCCAAGAGUACUGCAUCAAAGUUAUUGCCGUGGCUACCAAACGCAGUGAGCCAAUACAGACGAAUGCCACUACACCCAAGAUACACCCCGGUGCACCUUCUUCUCUUUUUGCUGACAGAAUAGGUAGUUACAGUGUCAAGGUUCGGUGGAGAAAGCCAGAGAAAAACCCUGAAGAGGUAUAUUUCUAUAUGGUCAGAUUAAGAGCAGGUGAUGCCAUAAGAGCUGCUGAAAGAAACAUUGCAAAAGCGAAUUUUCCCAAAGUAAAACAAGUGCGACGAACCCUGGGACACUCAACCGUUUUUAAGAAUCUGGAAUCCUCAAAAAUCUACACAGUUAGUGUAAGCUCCUACAAUGAUAACAAGAAAAGACUUGAGGAUGCAAAAAUGUUUAAAGUUUUUACCACCAAGAUAAGCAAGAUUGCUAAAGUAGCAGCACAAAUUGCUACAGCACCCAUGCUACUUGGUCCAGUUGCUGUGGCAUAUGCAUUAGGAGCUGAUGACAAUAUUGAUACAACGGAUGAGGAAUUCACAGCCAGCCCAGACAUAUACCCAGGUGCUCCAGAGGAACUAGGAUGGGAACCACACGGGAGAAACAAAAUACAAGUUGAUUGGAAGCUACCGAUACAUAAUUCAGAAGAAUUGCAUCACUUCGAGGUUCGAGUAUCAGAGCAAAGUAGUGGGAGGAUACUUCACAAAAUUGAAAGCUAUGGAACAAGUGAAACAUUUACAAUCACCGACUUCACGAAAUGCUACGUUGUUACGGUGACUUCAUUCAACUAUUACAACGAAAAACAAGAUGAUGCCAUGGCCACUUUACACAUAGUAGCAAAUUCGCACACACAAGCAUUGCAAGAAGAAGUUGCGUCAUUUUAGAUUAAAUCUAGUAUUUGCUGAAAAAUGUAGCUUACAAACAUGUAUUUUUAUAACACAUAUAGUAUAUUUAUAUAGAUACAUCCAUGUACAGCACAAAGCACCAAAGAUUUUUAACUAUAUCAGUGUAUACAUACAUAAUUUAUAGGUGUAUAUGACAUAGGAGUUCAGUAUAAUUACAGUAUAUACAAUUUUCAGUGCAUUUCUUGUCAAUAAACAA